AUGCCUGUUCACUCGCUAACAUUAUCAUUAUGGUGUUGCUUCUCAGUUUUAUCACUUACAAAUGCAUUUUCUUUUCAUAAUGGGAAAGUUCUCCAAGGUAAAAACUAUGGAAUCAAAGAAUUCCCAUCCAUAUUAGUUGGUAUUAACGAUUAUAACGAUUAUUACGUUAACGUUUCGAUAGGUACUCCCGGACAAAUCCAACAAUUGGUAUUAAACACAGCAAGUCCCUACAGUUGGGUACUCUCAGGCUCAAACGAUACCCAGUGUCAUAAUCAUUCACUAUGUAAUUCAGAUUCCUUUUAUUUACAAGAAAGAUCGUCCACCGCUACAAAUUAUGACUUGUACCGUUCUUAUACAUUAGAAUUCAUAGAUGGGAUUGCAAUCAAAGGUACUGCUGUCAACGAUGCAGUUGUUUUCCCAAAUGUCUCAGUUAUAAGUAGUAGCAGUAGUACAGACUCAUCUAAAAAAGAUUUAAUGACAACUUACAAAAAGACCUUAUUUAAUUCAACAGGAAACAUCACUUAUACAAGUGAUGAAUUAGCCUUAUCAAACCUGUCCUUCAUUAAUGUCAACCGAACAAAAAAUUUACAAUCAGGUGUACUGGGUCUUGGUGGUUACAUUACGUUCCCUAAUUCCCCUAUUGAUCAAAGUAAUUUUGACUCAUCUUUCUAUUUCAUUAGUGACAUGUUAGAAGCAAAUAUAAUCGAAUCAUCAAGCUAUUCGUUAUGGUUGAAUAGUGGUCGUAUUACAGAAGAAGAUGACAACGAUGGCACUUCCUCCUCCUCCUCAUCGUCAUCGUCGUCUUCGUCGCCAUCUUCCUCGAACUCAUUAACCGAUGGAUUUGGAAGGCUUUUAUUCGGGGCGAUAGAUCCAUCUCUAUACACAGGACAAAUGUAUCAAUUCAAUAUGAUCCCCUUUAUGGACCCGACGACAGGUGUUGCUAGCACUGGCUACCCUAUAGUUCCUAUGGGCCCAAUAUAUAUGGUCUCUAAGAACGGCGAACGGUUAAAUAUGACGUCCGAACAACAUUUCGAGCCCGUAUUGAUAGACUCAAGUUUUAUAGGAAAUUACUUACCUGUAAGCACGAUCAUCCAGAUAGCUAUUCAGAUUGGUGCUACUUAUGUGGAAUCUCUUGAUAGAUGGUUGGUACCAUGUUAUUUACAAUCGUAUGGGGCAAAUAUUGAAUUCACAUUUGAUAAUUUGCAAAUUCAAGUACCAUUAAGUGAUUUACUGACAAACUCUUCAAUGCAUUACCCAGAUAAACAACCAGCAUGUUUCUUAAAACUAUAUGCUAAUAGUUACAUUGGGUUUAACAUCCUUGGUCAAUCAUUCUUGAGAAGUGCAUACAUGGCCGUAGAUUUGGAUGGUAAUACCGUCGGGUUAGCUCAGGCAUUCUCCAGCAAAUUGAGAAUCAAGGCAAAAGCACAGGCUGGUCAACAACAGGUAGGAAGCUCCUCCUCCUCAAUACCAACAUUGGCCGCAAUAAAAUCUGGUUACAUACCAUAUGCUUAUCACAAGAUUUAUAACUCUACAAGUUUGGCUUUAUAUCCAUCUAGUGUUUCAAGAUUCAUGUCAAACAUCCCGGGUCAAUAUUCUGCCUCAGUCUUCUCUAAUGGUAUCAUUACACGCCCAAUGAGAUCAUUCUACGAUACAUCGAGAUCUACGACGACAAAGAGUUCAUCAAUAUUUUCUAGCUCAUUGGCCCUAGUAUUACCGAGCGGUAAUAUGACUACCACAAUGUAUGCUGCAGGUAAACGUGAAUACCAUGUACCAACUGUCUACAAAGGAAUAAACCAACAGCUAUACAUUCUUUUAGGUAUGCUGACAUUGUUUGUAGCCUUUAACACAGCAUUGUGA